CUUUGGUGUCAUGUCAACUGUCAAACCUGAAACGUCAUAAGAUUCGACAAACCAAACAAUAAAAUAAAAUCAAAUAAUGUUCUCGUUGAUCGUUAGCUGAUUUUUUUAAAUUGUGUAUUAUAUUCUCAUCUCCAUAUUAUACGUAACCAAUGGCAAAUCAUUACGAAGUACCAAACUGGGCUGGUAUUCCACCUACCGGCUUACAUUUAGAUGUUUUGAAAGGUGAAAAACUAAUACAAAAGCUGAUGAUAGAUGAGAAGAAAUGCUAUCUGUUUGGAAGGAAUGCUCAGAUGAAUGAUUUUCCAAUCGAUCAUGCUUCAUGUUCUAGAGUUCAUGCUGCUCUCGUUUGGCAUAAACAUCUAGGCAGAGCGUUUCUUGUGGAUUUAGGCAGCACUCAUGGAACUUAUAUUGGAACUAUGAGAUUAGAAUCGAAUAAACCUACACAGUUGCCAAUUGACUCUAAUUUUCAUUUUGGAGCCUCUACUCGUAAUUAUAUUAUAAGAGAAAGACCACAGACUGGCAUAAGACCAAUAAUUGAUGAAAUUGAGAAAGCUGGUGAAGAAAUGGAAGGUGGCUUAUUAGGACUUCCAGAAACAGAAACUGAGUUGGAUAACUUAACAGAAUUUAACACUGCCCAUAAUCGACGAAUAUCUAUGUUAGGUAUUUCUGAUGAUAAUGAUAAAAGAACAGCAAGUAGAAAAAGAAAGCGGUAUUUUGUUACAUUCAAUGAAGAUGAAGAAAUAAUUAACCCAGAGGAUGUGGAUCCUUCAAUUGGUAGAUUUAGGAAUCUAGUUCAAACCACUGUGGUGCCAAUGUAUAAAAAGCAAAAGAUAUCUGAAAACCUUGGAAUAAAUACCUCGGAAUUCAAACAGCCCAAACAAAUAAAUCAUUCAUCAGUGGAUCUUUACAAUGAUUUGCCGCCAGAAUCUCAUUCUUCCAGCAUGAAUAUUUAUAGUUCAUUGAGUACAAAAUUAGGAAUGAUUUUGCCCAAUCCUGCUCCUGAUGUUGAAAUAGGUCAAUCAAAUCCAACACCUUUUGUACCUCAGCAAGUGCAAGCUACAGAUCCAUCAGAGCCUAAGAAAAAGAAAUAUGCCAAAGAAGCUUGGCCCGGAAAGAAACCAACACAGACAUUACUUGUUUAGAUGUAAGAAUAGGAAUUUUAAGUUUAAAUCUAAUAUUUUAUGUACAUCCUUUGUUUGAUUUGUAAAUACCAUGAAUAAAUAAGAAGUAUAAA